CCUCUCCCUGUUAUCAGAUGGGUGUAUGUAGACGGAGUCAGUGUGUGUGUGUGUGUGUGUUCAGUCAGUAGCAUGGCGUCUCUCGGCCUCCUGCUGCUCAGCACCGCUCUGAUCCACACCGCCCAGUCUCUACCUGUAGCUCGCGGCGGAGGGCAUGGCCUGGACGCGUCAUUGGUCAGACGCCAGCGCAGAGACCUCCGAAACCUGCUGCCUUAUGAGGAAAAGAUGAUGUCAUAUCCUGCCAUGCAGGAAGGGGGCGGAGCCAAUGACCUGUACUACCAAUUAGAUGACUGGAGGGGGAGGGGCUUGGACCAGGCCCUGCAGCGAUUAGUGGAGAGAGACCAGAGGCGGGAACAGGAAGAGGAGCAGCGAGCAGCCUACCUGGCUGCUCUGCUCCGCCUCCUGAGUGAGGCAGAGAGCGCAGGAUUGGUUGGCCCAGGAGACGUGGAGGUGGUUGAGGAAGAGGAGGAUGAGGAGGACGAUCAGGGCCCACCGGGGGACUUCCAGGGCCCAGUCCCCCCAGACUACGAUGAGACGGGGCAGGGGAUGAGCAUGGGGAGGCCCCCUGCUGCCUGGUUGGGGCUCCUGGAGCCCCAGCUGGCUCAGGCCCUGUUGGACAGGAUGGAGCCUCAGCUGGUCCAGACUCUGCUGGAGAGAGGGAGACAGGAGAGAGUCCAGCAGGCGGGACGAGUCUCGUCAGGACUGAACAGAGACCAGGAGACACUGAGACGCCUGGUUGCUAGGAUUCUGUCCAGCAUUGGCCCUAACGACGCCCCGGUAAUUUCCUCCGGCCGCCGAGCGAGGAGGGACCUGUCCAUCACCGCAGCUGAACCAGUUAGCUCUGCCCACAGGAGAACCCGCCGUUCCGUUGACGACGUGGCUCCUCCGUCGCCUAGCAACGAGCCUCCCCUCCUCAGGGUGAAGAGGCUGGAGGAGGACGAGGAGGAGGAGGAGCUCCGCCCCCCUACUGCCGGGCUGCAGAGGAUGAAACGCAUCAACACCAUAGCUACCGCCGGCGUGGAAGAACUGAAUCAUGGGAGUCGUAGGCGCCGGAGGAGAGCAGCCCUGAACUACGACCCCCAAAUAUUGAUUGAUCAGAUUCUGGAGUACAUGAGGGAGUGAGCUGAGAGGAGAGGAGAGGAGAGGAAACAAGGAGAGGAGAGGAGGAGGUGUAUUCUGUCGUCUUUCAGGUUUUUUAUUUUCAGUUUCUGUAAAAAAUGUUUUGUUUGUUUUUGCUGCUUUUGGUGAAAAAUAUGUCUGAUCAUUUGUUCUUAAAGAGGAGAAAUGAUGGAGGAGGAGGAGGGGGACAAGUUCUUUAAACUGUGCAGGAGGGUUCCUGUAGAGGACGAUCUUUAUAGACAGGUUGAGUUGAGGACUAGCUUUUGCAGACUCUGAGGUCACAGCCUGUUGUUCCAUAGUUUAACUGUGAAACUCAUCCAAGUGAAAACAGAGCUGUGGAGCUGUUGUGUUUAUACGUUCAAGGCAGUUGGUGAUUUCCAGAGGAAUCUCUGUGAGAGGGAAAAGCUGCUUUGGCUCAGUGACACUUAUUUUUUCCAGCUAAUUUCCUGGAAACUUUCCUGACCAUUUCCUCAAAAUGAUCUGGUAUUUAUCUGUUAGAUCAGCGUAACAUGCAGAUGUGGACUGUGUCUCCAGGCAAAGAUACAAUUCAACAUAAACUGUAUGAAGAAUAAAGUUUCUAAUAAUAAAUAACAUAUUAAUAUUUACUUUGUUUAAAUGGAGAAGUUUUGAAAGUAAAUUCCUCUGGAAACAACUAAACUCUCUCACAACUUUAUUUGACCCGUAAUCAGCACUAAACUACACAGUAUCUGCUUUAAACACUACAGUAUCCAUGAGCGUCAGUGGCUGUUGCUAUGGUGAAGUGCUGUAGUAUAUUCCCUGAUCCAAAAUCUAACAGUGAACUGAUUUAAGUUUCUUUACAGAUAAACAUAACCUAACAGAUAAACUCUCUGAUUGGAUGAUUGCAGCAAUGCUCCCUGGGACUUGUAGUUCACCCCACCCACUCUCCUGCUCUCUAUAAAACAGUAGUAAUUUUAAACAUUACCCACUGAAAACACCUGCGCUGGGUAAGGCUUAAAGUGGCAGUAACCAUGGUGCUGGCUCAUCAGCUCUGUGAUUGGUUGGUUCUCGUUGUGUUCAUGUACUCCAGCUUGUGUGCAGCAGCUCUGUCAGUGUGAACCUUCGUCUGUCUGUGGUGAAACUAAAAAUUUUAUUUGUCUCUCUCUGAAAUAAAGUCAGAU